AUGUCUGGCGUUAUCAACGACUUCUUGCGCCGCUGCCUCAAGAAGGUUGCUGGCAAAGUGCAGCCGCUGACAGUGGUGCAGGGGAACGAGGGCGGCGAUAUGGACAGCAUUGUCGGCUGCAUUUACCUCGCCAUGCUUUUCGAUAAGCAGCCGAAAUUCGGCUUUGAGAACCCUGUGCCGGCGCUGAACUUUCCACAGGAAGAUUUCGGCCUGCGCAACGAUGUGGCGAAUCUCUUCAAGGAGCUCGGGAUCGACGCGUCGCUCUUGAUGUCAGUGCAGAGGGGGCAGAUCGCGCAUAACUUUGUCGAUAUUUCUGCUCUCAACGCUUCUGUUGUUCUUUAUGACCACAAUAAGCUGAGGGAAAACCAAAGAGACUUCGCCUCUAGAGUUGUCGGAGUAGUGGACCAUCACUUUGACGAGCAGCAGUACCUCGAAGCCGCAUCCAAGCUAAGAGUUCUGCGAGCUGUCGGAUCCGCUUGCACACUCGUUACGGAGCUCUACCGCGAAUGUAACGAGGAUGUUCUGUGUCCCACGCUGCUAGCGGCACCGAUUGUUCUGGAUACAGUGAACUUUGAGCUGGCACAAAAGAAGGUGACACCUGAGGACAUCGCUGCAUACGAGUGGUUGCAUGAAAAGGAGGUCGCUGACAGCACUGACGCCGCUGCUCUCUUUGAGAAGCUGUCGAAGUGGAAGGAUGAUGUGCUGGCACUCAGCGUUCCAGAGAUCUUGAGGCGGGAUUACAAACAGUUUAGCUUCAAAGCCAGAACGCAGAAGGGUGUUAUGUCCACGGGCACCAGUAGCGUGCCGUGUGCGUGCAAGCAACUAGAAGCUCACUUCUCUGUUGAUUUGAUUGUGACGGAGGCUGCCAAGUACGUGGAGCAGCAUCAGCUGGAUGUGCUCAUCUUUGCAUUUGCCGGGAAAGUUAACGGCAAGCACUCUCGCGAGGUCGCCUUCUGUGCAAAGCCUGACGUGAUCUCGUUUUUCGCUCCUUUUGUAGCGGAGACUCCAGAUGGCAUAUCAUUUACUACAAUCACAAAGUGUCAGACAGCGGACGGAUCAUACGAGUACGCCUCGUACUCGCUCAGCGACCCUUCUAUUUCUCGCAAGAAGCUGGUUCCAGCGUUGUCCGAAUUCCUGGCCGAGGGGACGCGAAGUCUUUUGUGA